GAGCCCAACGCCUCACUCCUGGGCGACCGCCCGCAAUCUUCAGGCUAGGAGCCCUAGGUCCUCGGGGGGGCGCGGCCUUGGGAGGCAGCCAAGGGCGGGCUUCCGGCAGCGUUCUCACUGGCUGGGCUUGGCUGCCGCACCCCGGUUCAGCGCCGGAGCCUGGAGCCGGGAAUCCGGAAUCCGGAAACAAUCCCGGCAGGAGCGCUGGUAGCCGAGAACGGCGGCUGCCGGGACAUCGGGAGCCGGGAGCACCAGGAGCCGGGGGCGUGCAGAGUGGGCGGGAUUCCCUGGCAGGAUGACUGUGGGGAUCUUUGCAAAUUGUACCUUCUGUUUGAAAGUCAAGCACUUACCUCGUCAACAGAAGAAAAAGCUACAAAAUGACAUUAAGGAGAAUGGUGGAAAAUUUUCCUUUUUAUUAAAUCCUCAGUGCACACAUAUAAUCUUAGAUAAUGCUGAUGUUCUGAGCCAGUAUCAACUGAACUCUAUCCGAAAGAACCAUAUCCAUAUAACAAACCCAGAUUUUAUAUGGGAAUCUAUCAAAGAAAGGAGACUCUUGGACGUAACGAAUUAUGAUCCUAAUAAGUCACCAGACAUCACACCACCUCCUUGUCAAAAGGCAAGCAGUUCUGAAAUGACAACAGAUGAUCUGUCCCAGGACAACUCCACUGAGAAGGAAAACGUUGUGGAACUCACAGAGUAAUCUACUUCUGAUCAUUAAGACUCUCCAGUUUUGCAAAGUCUUAUACAGAGAAUGCUGAAAUUCCUCAUUUUCCACAAGAUUUCGAAGUUGCAAAAUAUAACACCUUGGAAAAAGUUGGGGCGGAGGGUGGUAAGGCAGUGGCGGUGGUGGAACUGUAGUGCUCCCGGGAGGAGCCCGGGGACGCCGCCUUCCUGAUAUCCGCACACUUCCUCUCGGCCACCGGCGUCAAGACUAGAAGACACUUCUCUGUAAAGAAAACCUCUGCAGAUGCAAGGGAGCACUAUGAAAAUUACAUUGAAGAACUGAAGAAACAAGGGUUUCUGCUAAGGGAAUAUCUUACACCCGAAGCAACCCAGUUGGCAUCUGAAAAACUGCAGGCGUUGCUUUUGGAGGAGGUAAUGAAUUCAAGCACUCUGAGCAAAGAGGUGAGCGAUUUGGUGGAGAUGGUCUGGGCGGAAGCUCUCGGCCACCUGGAGCACACACUUCUCAAGCCUGCGAACAGGAUUAGUCUCAACGACGUGAGCAAGGCGGAGGGAGUUCUCCUUCUAGUAAAGGCAGCCCUGAAAAAUGGAGAAACAGAAGAACAAUUGCAAAAUAUGAUGACCGAGUUCUACAGAUUAAUACCUCACAGAGGCACAGCAACUGAAGAAGUGAACCUGAGACUAUUAGCUAAGAAAGAGGACCUCUGCCAGCUAAUAAGAGACAUGGUUAAUGUCUGUGAAACUAAUCUGUCCAGACCCAACCCGCCUUCUCUUGCCAAAUACCGAGCUUUGAGAUGCAAAAUUGAACAUGUUGAACAGAACACUGAAGAAUUUUUCAGAGUUAGAAAAGAGGUUUUACAGAAUAAUCACAGUACAGGUCCAGUAGACAUCUUGCAGAUAUUUAGAGUUGGCAGAGUGAAUGAAGCCACAGAGUUUUUGAGCCAGCUUGGCAAUGUGAAGUCCUUACUGCAUGGAUCUCCCGUACAAAGCUUUGUAGGGAUCCUGUCCCGUGGGUUGCUUUUACCCAAAGUAGUUGAAGAUCGUGGCACAAAGAGAACAGACACUGGAAAUCUUGGGAGUGGGAUAUAUUUCAGCGAUUCACUCAGUACGGGUAUUAAGUACUCCCACCUGGGAGAGACCGAUGGCACCAGGCUCCUGGCUGUCUGUGACGUAGCCCUUGGAAAGUGUGCAGACUUACACAGAAAAGACUGCUCCUUGUCGGAAGCACCACCAGGUUAUGACAGUGUCCAUGGGGUUCGAGCAACAGCCACUGUCACCACGGACUUCGAGGAUGAUGAAUUUGUUGUGUAUAAAACCAAUCAGAUUAAAUUGAAAUAUAUCAUUAAAUUUUGCCUACCCGGAGAUGAAAUAAAGGACUUUCAUCCUUGUAAUACUACUGAAUUAGAAGAAUCCAGACCUGAGUUUUCAAAUUUUUCAAAGGUUGAAGAUUAUCAGUUACAAGAUGCCAAACCUUUCGGCAACAUCAAGUCUGGCCUUCAGGAUUUCUCUGGCAAUUCAGUUCCUCUUGAGGAAGUUCACAUCAAAGGAAGAAUAAUAGACUUUGUAGCCCAGGUCAUUGUUUUUCAGACAUAUACAAAUCAAAGUUCUGUGCCCAUUGAGGCAAAAUAUAUUUUUCCCUUGGAUGAUAAAGCAGCCGUCUGUGGUUUUGAAGCAUUCAUCAAUGGGAAACACAUAGUAGGAGAGGUUAAAGAGAAGGAAGCAGCCCGCCGUGAAUACCGAGAAGCCAUCAGUCAAGGCCAUGGCGCUUACUUGAUGGACCAGGAUGCACCCGAUGUUUUUACUGUUAGUGUUGGAAAUCUACCCCCUAAGGCUAAGGUCCUGAUCAAAAUUACCUACAUCAUGGAACUCAGCAUCCAAGGCACCAGGGCCGUCUUCUUCAUGCCCGCCACCGUAGCACCCUGGCAACAGGACAGAGCUUUGAAUGAAAACAGUCAGGAUACAGUAGAGAAGAUUUAUGUAAAGGAAAUAGGAACAAAGCAAAGCUUCUCUUUGUGUAUGUCCAUUGAGAUGCCAUAUGUGAUUGAAUUCAUUUCUAGUGAUACACAUGAACUGAGACAAAAGAGUACAGACUGCAAAGCUGUAAUUAGCACCAUGGACGGUAGCUCCUUAGACAGCAAUGGAUUCUCCCUUCAUGUCGGUUUAUCUGAUGCACAUCUCCCAAGAAUGUGGGUCGAAAAACAUCCAGAAAAAGAAAGUGAGGCCUGCAUGCUUGUUUUUCAACCAGACCUCGAUAUCGCCCUCCCUGACCUAGCUGAGAACAAUGAAGUGAUUAUUUGUCUUGAUUGCUCCGCUUCCAUGGAGGGUGCGACAUUCUUGCAAGCCAAGCAAAUUGCCUUAUAUGCACUGUCCUUGGUGGGAAAGAAGCAAAAGAUAAACAUUGUCAAGUUUGGCACAGGUUACAAGGAAUUAUUUUCAUAUCCUAAGUACAUCACAAGCAACAAUGUGCCAACAGAGUUCAUUAUGUCUGCUACACCUACCAUGGGAAAUACAGACUUCUGGAAAACACUCCGGUAUUUAAAUUUACUGUACCCUUCUCAAGGGUUACGGAACAUUCUCCUUAUAUCUGAUGGGCACCUCCAGAAUGAGAGUCUGACAUUGCAGCUUGUGAAAAGAAAUGUCCAACACACCAGGCUGUUCUCCUGUGGUAUUGGUUCUACAGCAAAUCGUCAUAUCUUAAGGACUUUGUCCCAGUACGGUGCUGGAGUAUUUGAGUAUUUUAACUCAAAAUCCAAACACAGUUGGAAAAAACAGAUAGAAGACCAGAUGACCCGGUUGCAUUCUCCAAGUUGUCACUCUGUCUCCGUCAAGUGGCAGCAGCUAAGUGCAGAUGCACCUGAACCCCUGCAGGCCCCAGCCCAGGUGCAGUCCUUGUUCCUCAACCAUCGACUCCUUGUCUACGGAUUUAUUCCUCAUUGCACACAGGCAACUCUGUGUGCAUUAAUUCAAGAGAAAGAAUUUUCUACAAUGGUAUCAACUACUGAACUUCAGAAGACAACUGGAACUAUGAUACACAAGCUGACAGCGCGAGCUCUGAUCCGAGACUAUGAAGAUGGCAUUCUCCAUGAAAAUGAAACGAAUCAUGAGAUGAAGAAGCAAAUGUUAAAAUCUCUGAUUAUUAAACUCAGUAAAGAAAACUCUCUCAUAACACAAUUUACAAGCUUUGUGGCAGUUGAGAAAAGGGAUGGUAAGGAGGCACCUUCUCCUAAUAUUCCAAAUAUUAUGGAACUUAUUGCCAAAGAGGAUGUAGAUUUCCUGCCAUACAUGAGCUGGCAGGAGGAGCAACCAGAUGCCAGUGUGGUACAGCCUCUUUCAGCAUUCUCUACACGGAAUGAAGAGCUGCGACAUCAUUUGACUAACAGAAAACUUGGAUCACCUAAGCUGGAAGAUUUUGAAGAUUUUGAAAAGGGUUGCUUCAGUUCCCCACUAUCAGAAAAAUCUUUAACACUCAAUUUCGCACGUGAAGAUGUGGAAAUGCCAUCGGAUAUAAGUCAGAUGGAUUCAUUUAAGCAAACAGGAACUGAACCAUUAUAUAGAAGUGACCCUUUCCUAAAAGAGGGUGCUUGCAGUAUUUCUGCUGCCCAUAGGUUAGCCUGUUUGGAAGUUGAGCCCGUAAUUGGUUCUCGUUUCCACUGUCCUUCCCACUUACAUCGUUCAAAGGUUUGUCUUGCUUCUCCUGCUAGUUCUGAACAGUCUGGUCCAUCUGAGAAUGACCAAGACCUUCAAACUGACAGUUGUAGUGAUUCUUCCCUUGAGUCAUCUACCGCUUUCAGACUGUCUCUCCUGCCUUUGAGCUCCUUUGCUUGUGUUCCUUAUUCAGGUGACUCAUGUAACUUUGGACAGGUUGAUCUACGUGACAGUUAUCAAGGUCAUAAGACUGACAAUUGUGCUAGCAAUUCUCUUGAGUUGGACUCUCCCCCACAGCCGAAUACUUUUUUCUCUCCUCCUAGAGUUCCUUCCUCUGGUCUAUCCAGAGAGUUUGACUUUCAUUACCCUUCUGGUUCUCCUCUUUAUUUUCAAAAUUCCUCAGUUCAUUUGAGCACCGCUUACAAGCCACAGAUAGAUCUGUUUGCUAACACAGAAUUGGAGGCUUCUUCAGCAAAUGUUUGUGCCAUAAUUUCAUCAUCUACUUCAAGUAAUGGGCAUUUUUCUGAAACAAAAAAUGUUGAAACACCAAGAUUUCAGAAACGUCGUUUGGCAAAAUCUGUUCUAACAGGAAGUGCCUUUACUGCAAGCUUUCAGGCACAAAAAGAUGAACAAAGCUGGAUGAAUUUUGUGCCUUGGACCAAACUCUUCAGUCUACAAACUGAGGAUGGCUUCUGGAAACUUACAUCAGAACUGGGAUUUAUUUUAAACCUUAAUACAAAUAUUUUAAACAGCUUUCUUGAACAAAAAGGCAUUAGAUCUCUAGGUAUAAAAGGAAGCGAGCGUCUCCUGGACCUGAUCGCCACAUUUCUGGUACUGCAGUUGCUUCGUACCAAGUUGGAACAAAAGGGAAUAGUCUUCAAAUCACUGAUGAAGUUGGAUGAUGCUUCCAUUUCCAGAAAUAUUCCCUGGGCUUUUGAAGAAAUAAAGAAAGCAAGUGAGUGGGUAAGAAGAACCGAAGGGCAAUAUCCAUCUAUCUGCCAACGGCUUGAAUUGGGUCAAGACUGGGACUCUGCAACUAAGCAGCUAUUGGGGAUCCAAACCAUAGACACCACUUCUCUUCACAGAGUUCUUAAUUACAAUCAAGGCUGAAUCAACUGAAGUUGUAUUUUAAACAUUAUUCAUGCUUCUAUGUGUAAAAUAAUCAGAUAUCAAUAGAUACCUAUAAUGAAGUUUAAUUCAGAUUUUAUUCAAUGUAGCACUCACUUUAAACAGAAACAGAAUUGAUUAUUUUAAUGAACUAACAAGUGAUAACCAAUUACAAUAUUACAGAUUUUUUGUGUUUAAAUGCUUAAAGUAAUAAGAGAUACACCUGGCUAGUCCUGGAGCCUAUUUCCUUCUCCCCUUUAAGGAGUCUGGUAUAGAAUCUGGCCAGCUAGGCUGAGUGAGCUGGGGAGAAACAAGGCCUUUGGCCGAUGUCAGUGUUGCUGACAUGCCAGCCUGUUUCCAGGCCCUGAGUAUCUAGACCUUUGCCCUCGGUAUGCAUACUCCCUGCAUCCUAGUCUGUAGAUCUCUUGAUACAUUUUUUGUCACUCAGAGAAACUAGGUGUCUCAUGCAAUUCUUUCAUGGAUCUUGCUUUUGGCAUUGCAUCUAAAAUCCUACAGUCAUGUAGGGUUCUUCCUAUGUUAUCUUGUAGAAGUUUUAUAAACUCUGCAUUUUAUGUUAUGGUCUAUGAUCCAUUCUGAGUUAUUUUUUAUGAAGGUUGUAAGGUCUUUCCAUCUUCCCCUACACUACCAUUUCCAGGCCGUUACCUCUCUACCUUUAUGCAAAAUCUUUGGUUUCUUUGAGGUUCAAUCUGUCCUCCAACCAGUCCUCCUUGCUGUCAUUCACCAACUGUUCAGUACCUCAACACCUUUACAUACGGUUCAGGAUUUCCCUUUCUAUUGGCAGUCCUGCCUUCAUCUUGAGUGACUCCCCAAAUCCUAAUGUAUGACCCCUCCUAACUCCCUGGACUUGAACCACAGCUAUAAUUGAGUCUUGGCAGAACUCUUUGAUACCCAACGGAUAGCAAGGAAGCUUGUGAGGCGCUACCGUGAGGCCUUCUCCCACCUGCCUAUCUCUCUGGGAGGCAGAUAUGAGACCGUUUUUAUCCCCUCCCAGUCCUGACAAGGCAUAAGGCUCAGAUACAGCUACGGACUAAAAAUCCUUAGAGCUGCAUCUAGACUUGGCUCCUCAGCAUUGAUGUGUCCCACAACUCACUUUGCAGUUAUCUAGCUCCUUUUCGGGUGUGGGACAAGAACCAAGGGGAGCUGGCAUCUUUGACUAUCUUCCUCUU